AUGAGGCGCACCGCUACCCUGCUCAAGACCCGCCCCGUCUCCCACCAGCGACUGUCCACCGCUUCCGCCGGUCUCCUGAAGCCUUCUUCCGCUUGGGCCUUCCUCGCCUCGCGGUCGUACUCCUCCAACGUGCCGACGGAUCUCAAGUACACCAAGUCGCACGAAUGGGUGCGCAUGACCAACGGCGUGGCCACGAUCGGUAUCACUGACCACGCCCAAGAGGCCCUCGGCGAGGUGGUCUUUGUCGACCUGCCCGAGACCGGUGCCACCUACGGCCAGAAGGAGUCGUUCGGUGCUGUGGAGUCGGUCAAGACCGUGUCCGACAUCUACGCGCCCGUCGGCGGUGAGGUGGUUGAGGUUAACGCGGACCUCAAGGACAAGGGCUCGGUGAACAUCAACAGCGAUCCCUACGGCAACGGCUGGAUGGUCAAGCUCAAGGUCAGCAACCAGGCCGAGCUCAACGAUCUGCUCGACGCCAAGGCCUAUGAGGAGCACUGCGCCUCGGAGGCUCACUAA